AUGACGUCUCUCGUGGAUCACCCCGGUCGGGAGACUGUUGGAUUCUCCUUCUCAGAGGCUACAGCUGCUGGUCCUAAGCAACAUGGAUUCUACCCAUACACAGACAAUGGUGGUUCUACCCUUGGUAUCACAGGUUCUGAUUUCGCCAUCUUGGCCGGCGAUACUCGCUCUACCUCCGGCUACAACAUCAACUCGCGCAUGGUUCCCAAGGUCUUCAAGAUCGGCGGAGACGAGGAAACGGGCGAGGGUGCUAAGAUUAUGCUUUCGGUGGUCGGAUUUGCCGCCGAUGGCACAGCCCUCAAGGAACGACUCGACGCCAUGGUGAGGAUGUACAAGUACAAGCACGGGAAACCGAUGUCCGUUGCCGCCUGUGCCCAGCGACUGUCCACUAUCCUAUACGAAAAGCGAUUCUUCCCAUACUACGUACACGCCAUCUUGGCCGGGUUGGACGAGGAGGGCAAGGGUGCACUGUACAGCUACGACCCCGUUGGCUCAUACGAGCGAGAGCAAUGCCGUGCUGCUGGUGCCGCUUCCAGCUUGAUCAUGCCCUUCCUGGACAAUCAGGUCAAUUUCAAGAAUCAAUACAUCCCCGGAAGUGGAGAGGGUCAUGCUCUUGUGGCUAGAAAGCCCGAGCCGCUUCCAUUAGAGACCGUCAAGGGUCUUGUACGGGACGCUUUCACAAGUGCGGUGGAGCGACACAUCGAGGUUGGUGACAAUUUGCAAAUGCUUAUUAUCACAAAGGAUGGAAUUCAGGAGACUUUCCACCCUCUGAAGAAGGACUAG